AUGCACAAGCAGCUGGACAAGCUAAAGUCAAGACACAGGUCCCGUCAGUCAAGACACAGGUCCCGUCAGUCAAGACACAGGUCCCAUCAGAAGGCGCACCCGCACUUCGGCGACUUCCAGAUGAUCCUGAUGGCGCUGCACCGCCUCGAGGACGCGGCCGGCAGCGCCAGGACCCAGGUGUCCGAGCAGGAGCUAUCCGCCUACAACAACAAGGCGCACGCCUUGGACACCAUCCCCUACUCGCAGCUCCAGAAUUGGAGUGUUAAAUAUGCAGACAGAAUAUCUAAGAAGAUCUUGGAGCACAUCGAUGGCUUAGACGUGAACGUGGGUAGUUCCGACCGGCCCGAGGACGUCGCGCGCCGCCGCGUGCGCGCCGAGCUCAAGAAACUCGUGCCUUACCUACCCACGAUCGUGCGUGAUGUGGCCACAGAACAAAUGACCCCAGAUCACAACAACAGCGUCUUCAGAAUGAGGAUAUACGGCGAGCCGUUCCUGCCAAACCACCACUCGGUGGACCCGAUCCUGCGCAAGCUGCGAGCCACUCACAUCAGUCGCUCGUCGUUCACCUUCAACAUGGUGCGGUUUAAUGUGCCCAGCGCUACCUACCAUCAGACUAUCGCGCUAAACGGCAAGGAAGUUGACGGCGCGAAGCUGAUCGUCCGGUUCUCCAUGGGCAUGAACUACAAGGUGAAGCCGGAGCUGAAGCUGAGCAUGGCCACGGCCUUCGACCCGGCCAGCAACUUGGACCCCAUGGCGCUCGCCGACAUGGAGGAGGAGAUCGGCUUCGAGAACGGGGGCAGCUGGGACGAGUGAUGCGGGGGUGGCCGAGUGAUACGGGGGCAGCUGCGACGA